AUGUUGAAAGCGUUUCUCCGUCAGAAAGCUUUUGGUGUCUCUAGAAUAUCAACAACCCUAAAAUUUGCCCCUUUUUUGCCGCACUCGCUGUUCCCAUCUUCUCUCAAAUUCUGCAGCACAAGCACUUCAGAUCAACACUCAUUUGCGGUGUCCUACCUCAUCCACAAUUGUGGGUUCUCACCAGAAUCUGCUCUCAAAGCUUCCAAGCGUGUUCGUUUCAAGACCUCACAAAAACCCGAUUCAGUUCUCAACUUCUUCAGAAACCACGGUUUCUCAGACUCAGUUAUAUACAAUAUCAUCAAAAGAGAACCGUGGCUCCUUUCAUGCGAUACCAACACAAGGAUUUUGCCAAAGUUUCGAUUUUUACUCUCCAAAGGCGCUUCUACCUCUGACAUUGUUCUCAUUGUGACAAGGAACCCCAGAUUCCUACAAUUAAGCUUUGAGAAUUGUAUAAUCCCAGCAUAUAAUUUGGUAAAUAGAUUCCUUCUAUCUGAUGAAAAGACCAUUGCUUCUCUAAUUCAUUGUCCUUCUUUGCUUUAUCGCAAUUUUUCAGCCCUUAAUAUCAAAUUAUUAGUUGAUUAUGGUGUGGCCAGUUCCAUGAUUUUCAGAAUCCUUCGUAACAGUCCUCAUGUAAUCGGCAGUAGUGACUUGGUGAAGACGAUGCAGGAAUUAACAAACCUGGGAUUUGAUCCUUCCAAAUCAUACUUUGGUAUUGCACUGAUUGCCAAAAGAUCUGUAAACAAAUCCCAAUGGAAUGAGAAAAUUGAUACCUUUAAGAGGUGGGGUUGGUCUGAAGAAACAAUUUUGGAAGCAUUUAGGAGGCAGCCCAACUGUAUGUUAACAUCGAAUGAUAAAAUCAAUAGAGUGAUGCAAUUUUGGGUCAAUCAGUUAGGUUGGAGUUCUUCUUACUUGGUCAAAGGACCUGGUAUUUUUGGAUAUAGUUUGGAGAAUAGGGUCAUUCCAAGGGCUUUGGUUAUCCAUUAUCUUCUAUCCAAAGGUUUGAUAAGCAGCAGUGCCAGCUUAGUUACACCGUUUAUUAUGUCUGAGAAAUUGUUCCUGAAAAGGUUUGUUGAAUAUUUUGGAAAGGAGGAAACUUCACAGCUAUUAAAGUUAUAUCAGAGAAAAAUGAAAGAUGAAGAUAAGAGAGUACAGAGGGAACCGUGACAUGUCACGUCCAAGAAUCCAUUUUUUAUAUAAACUAUCUUUGCUGUUUUACAAGUUCAUGAUUGCGGCUUCUAGGUUUUGAUUGUUAAGUACUUCUAACUACUCUUCCAUUGGUUCAUUGUCAUUU